GGAAGCCGAAACGAUCACAGCGCUCACUACGGCUAAAAAAGUCAUCUACGUCGGGAGGCAUGUCCUGUCAAAUGUAUGAUUUUGUAGUAAACAUUCGAUGUUUUUAAGAUAAAAAUGGUCUACACAGCAAGCUGUGUUGUUAUAAAUUGUGAAAACACUAGCAGAAAUAGUGACUGCAAAUUUUAUAGAUUUCCUACAACAUUGUGGAAACAAGAACAGCGCAAUAAAUGGAUAAUUGCCGUAAGAAGAAUAAAUCCCGAUGGAUCUCUAUGGCACCCAAAACCGGACGACAGAAUUUGCAGUGCUCACUUUAUCAGUGGUAGAAAAGCUGAUGAACAAGCCAGUCCCAGUUAUGUUCCAAGGAUAUUUCCCCCUGAGUACAAAUCAAGGCGGAUUGACGAAAAUGCCGCAAUAUCGAGGUUUCAACGUUAUAUGGAACGAAGAAACGCGAAAAAAAUAGAAGCAGUUAGUGCUAGUGCUAGUAAUACAAGUGAGUUUGAAUUGCUAGAAAAUAGUGUUAGUGUGUCUUUAAAAAUUGAUAGUGAAUGUCAAGUGGACCUAUAUCCAGAUGGACAAAAUCCAGGAAAGACGUUUACCUGUAACAGGUACAUAUUUUAUGGAAAAGAAACAUGUGAUGCAGAUGUUCAAACAGAAAUAGAUAUCAGUACAAAGAUUAUGAAGGAUUUUAAAAUAACAAAACACCGAGGCUGUAAUACUGCUAAAAGUAUUUCUGUGGAUCGAGCCACCAUAACUGACAAUAAAUAUUUUGCUGGAUUUCAAUCUAUUAAAACCGAUGAACAGCUUCUAGAUCUUGCAGGUGUUACUCUUAACAACUUCUACUUUUUAUUAAAAACUACACAAAAAAAUCACAAAUAUAUGGUGAGCGAAAAAGAUAGACUUCUACUUUUCUUGAUGAAAAUGAAACUUGGUGUCACAUUUUCAGCACUGAGUGUUUUGUUCGGUAUUCAUAGAACAACAGUGUCAAGAAUAUUCUGCUCAUACGUUGAAGAAAUAGCAGCUGCUACAUCGAAUUUGGUUUUUUGGCCAAACAAAAAUGCUGUGGAGCAGACAAUGCCAGAAUGCUUCCGUCCGGAGUAUAGUAACACUCGAGUAAUUAUUGAUUGUAUAGAGUUUCCUAUAGAAGUACCAUCAAGUGUCGAUAAUCGUGUGUUAUGCUACUCACACUAUAAGAAGGGUUUUACAGCUAAAGUGCUUAUUGGUAUUACUCCAGGAGGCUUCAUUUCGUUCAAGUCAAAAGUAAGUGGUGGAAGAAAAAGUGACUCACAAAUAACAGUAGAGUCAGGAUUAGUCGACUACUUAGAAAAUGGGGACAUUGUAUUGGCUGAUAAGGGAUUUCCGGCAAUAAAAAAGGUAAUUGAUGAAAGUGGAAAAGAAAUUGCUAUUAUUAUGCCACCUUUUCUCAAGAAUAAAAGUGAAUUUACAAGAGAAGAGACAGAUGCAACUUAUAAAAUAGCUCGAGUCAGAAUUCAUGUUGAAAGAAUAAUGCAGCGACUAAAAAUUUAUCAGAUUUUACAUAAAAUUCCUGAAAAUUUAUUUUAUCACAUUGAUGAUAUUUUACAUGUUUGUUGUGUACUGGUAAACCUGCAACCACCUAUAUUUUCCAACAAAUAAAACAACAGUUUUUUUUACAAUACUUAUGUAUUUGUACAUUAUUGAAAAAGCUAUUAAAACAUUGCAUUUUAAUUUGUUUUUAUUUCACACAUAAAACCUGUAAAUGUUAUGUUGCUUUUCAUGCCUGAUGGACCCUUAUGCACAUGGAGCACAAGGAACCAUUAUUAGGCAUUGAACGCCACAUAUUUAUAACAUGGGCCCGUGGACCUAUGAAAAUGUGAUAAUCAAUUUAAGGUAUGUUAUGACCUAGCACUGGACUG